AUGAGCAACAACGACUCGUUAAAACAUUGUGACCGACUGAAAUGUGUUCGAAAGAACAUUGAAGCUGGCAACGCUGAGUGUCCUUUGUGUCGUCGAUGGUUGUCGGCAUUAGCCUCUAACUUUAGCGUAAACGAUCAGGGAGCGACUGGAUAUGCAGCAGCCAGUGGCAAAGAAGAAAAGGAUUUGAAAAAACCAUCCAGCCAAGCUUCUGCUUCAGCAUCAGCAUGUAAAGAUAGCAAUGAAUGGACUUGUGAAAGAUGUACUCUACUGAAUAAGCCGUCUGCUAGCAUUUGUGAAGUGUGCGAGCUCCCACGUCCUUCUGUAUCUGCUAGUGCGAGCGUGAGUGAUUCUUCCAACCUCAAAACACAGCCGUUUCAAUCGAAUGGUCAAGAGACAAUUGAGUUUCGCCGUGAAGAACCUUCGGUCAGGUCGACUGAGGCUGAGCCACGGGACGAAUGGUUCUGCUCCUCAUGUACAUACCUGAACCUGGGCUCCGAUAGAACUUGUAUUAUCUGUAAAGAAGGCAAACGUCCGACCAUACGGCCCAUUCUGCCUGCGAACGAGCAUCGGGUCCGGCAUCGAUCACCGUCACAAGAGUCAUUUUCAUCACAAAGAAGGCGUCAUUCCCCUUCCGAAGAGAGCGUUCGACAGCCCUAUCCGACAACGAUGCCCCCCUACUCAAAAUCGCAAUUCUCAUCACCAAAUAUAGAUGCGGCUCGUUCUGCCACGGAAAGUACAAAUAUGCACUCGUCUUCUCCAUCCACCAUUCCGAAGAGUUCCGUAUCUACACCCACCCACCUUGAGAUAUUCACGAUAUACAUUCCCGAUUUACCGGCAGACAAAUCUGAUGUGCAGCUGGAGCAGAUGAUUCGUCAUCGACUAGAUAAUGAUCCUCAGGUCACCGUAAUUGAUAUCAAAUGUUAUUCGCGAUUCAGCGUGGGUAUCUUGCGCGUACAGAGCCAUGCCGACAAGAGACAUCUUGUUUCUAAUAUUCAAUCGAUUGUUCUGAAUCCACCAGAUUCUACCGCCAUUUCCUUCACAGAUGCUGUCGAACUGGUUUCCUACAUAGUCUUUGAUGCAAAACUGAAAACGAUACCAACAAAAAAUGAAGUUUUACAACGUUGGAUACAAGUGUACAAGACUGCUCGACCAGAACAAUGCCAACCGAUCUCAGUUCUUUUUCCUAACAUAUUUCGUAUUGUUUUUACGUCCUUCGAUGAUCUACUUCAAGCAUCGACUAUUAGUGAUUUCGCUGUGAACAAUGAAUUUGCGACAGUUUAUUUUCGAGCCGAUUGUAGUUACUUUGAAGAUUUGCCGGCAACGCUUAGUCAAGAGGACUUAUUUUCUGCUAUUGCCAGGCGGAUCGGACUAACCACAUCACCGGCCUCGUCACUCUACGUCCAAUGCAACCGAGAUGCCAGAAAUGCCAUCGUUCUCGCCGCUGAUCAAGCACGAAAAUGGAUUCAUGAAACUACUCUCUGUAUUGGCACUCUAGUUUUGACCAAAAAAGCACAUACGGCCUAUCGACUUCUCCUUCAACCUGUCCCACAUGAUUGCCCUCUUCAGUCAAUUCUACAACAUCAUUUGUUCCACACUGGUAUUGUCAAUUAUAGCCGAAAAGAAGAGAGUCUCGUUUUAGAAUUGAACGAUCGAAACGUGUACGAAGACAUUUUGACGAUUGGUGCUCUACGUGUCGAUCAUCAUAAAAUACUCCUCAAAGCCUAUUCAGCAUUAAAUGAUCCGGAAGGUAGCGAAAUUACCGUCGAAAACUGGUACGAAACACGUAUGCUCGAUUACAAGCCGGAUAUAAUGCCAUUCGUUGUCAACCGUCAGGAUCCCAUAUUUCGCUACAAAUGGAACUCGAAAAUUUGGCAUGAACAAUUUCAAAAGGCGGAUGUGGCGAAUCAGUCGGGUCAAAAUCUAAAUCGAAUACGGCAUCUCUUACGUGUGACAGCGAUGCUCAAUACUAUCGGCGCCAUUCGCAAGAAAAGUUAUAAGCUUGAUGACAACAAAGAAAUCAAAUUACGUGAUGAACCAUUGAAAACUAUCACGUAUAACCAUCAAUCGAAGUUGUUCUCCGCUAGAAAAAUAUCUAGUGCAAGUUACAUCACGAAAUUUCCGUCGACCACUGUGGAAGUGAUCAAUCGCGAUUGUCUGGCUGUUUAUCAACAGUUAGCAUCGAGCGGUCGACGUCCUCUUGUUCUCAAUAUGGCCAAUCAGACAUCAGCUGGUGGUGGAUAUCGACGCGGUGAUGGAGCACAAGAAGAGAAUACCUUUCGUCGCUCGAACUACUGCCUCAGUCUUGAUGUAGAAAUGGACGAAUCCAAUCGAAGCGAACGAUUUCAAUCUGCAGCGGAUGGCCAAUUGAAAUCGAUUUCGAAGAACGAUCACAUGUAUCCAAUGGAUGACUUUGGAGCCGUUUACACAUCGGGCAUCAUCGUUUUUCGUGAUUCAGAAGAUCGAGGCUACGCUUUCUUGGAUGAACCUGUCUACAAUGUAUGUGCCAUCGCUAUGGCUGCCUUUCGCGAGCCCAAAUUGGAGAAUCAGAUGCUUACAGGGAGAGCUGCUGCUGGUAUGCGGAGAAAAAUCGAAAAUAUAUUUGCCAUUGCUUAUCAUCAAAAUCAUGACUGCUUGGUUCUUUCUGCCCUCGGAUGUGGUGCUUUCAAAAAUCCACCUCAACAUGUGGCCUUACUCUUCAAAUCGGUCAUUUAUCAAUAUGCGGGCUACUUUCGAAGCAUUCAUUUUGCCAUCAUCGACGAUCACAAUACUGGCAAUCAGUUGAAUCCUCAAGGUAAUUUUCUACCAUUUCAAAGCGCACUCGACGGCCUUGUGGUGAGUUCACGGAAUCUCAAAUUGGCCAAUAUGGUCAGCGGACCUUUUCGAUUGUUAAACAACGUCGGAUCUGAUGGCCAGCUCGAUUUAAGUGAUGUACACAUUUUCGAGUUGACGCCUUGUAAAUACGGUGCCAAAUGUCAUGACUUGUACGAUGCUCAGCACGCUAAAUCCUUUUCCCAUCCAUCGGUCUGUCCCUAUCAACCCGAUUGCGAAAAUACGUACGACGAUGUUCAUAUGUUUUCCUUCAUUCAUCGUACCAAAUGUCGCGAUGGAGGUGAAUGUGAGAAGAUCAAAGACGAAAAACAUGCCAAUCAAUAUGACCAUCCGGACUUUUGUUCUGGCGGCGGUGCCUGUGCUGACAUGCAUCAAGAACAUCUAAUCGCCUGUCGACAUGUGCCACUGUGUAAAGAUGGUCUGAAAUGCACGCAGUAUCUGGACUGUGUAUACGAACAUCGCCGAGCUUAUCGUCAUUGUCGACUGAAAUGUCCACACGGUGGUUUCUGUGCCAAUUUUCACGAUGAAAAACACCUACAGGAUCAGGAUCAUCCUUUCCCACCACCAUGUCCAUUUACUCCAUUUCAUUGCCAAUUGCACAUUGACUUUAUUCAAAGUAAAAAUCCGCAGGCUACUCCAUCUCACAUUCGUACCCAUUGUCUAACAUAUGCUCAUGUUUGUCCUUUCGGACGAGAAUGUAAUGACACGACAGAAUCACAUGCUCAAAUAUCUAUUCACAUUCCACGACAGAUGUGUCCCUACCAGGAUCGAUGUACGGAAAUGACCAAUGAAGAACAUUUGAAUUCCUUCUCUCAUCCGAAAAUUCGCGAUAUUCGACUGUUUUGUAGUUAUCCCGGUUAUGAAUGCCGCGACCGAUACAAGAUCGAACAUCGGCAUCGUUAUCGGCACGCCAGAAAUCAUGAUUACGACGGUAUCGUACGUUAUUUCGCAUUGAAUAAGCUCACGAAGUUCCUACGCAAUCAGAGUGAGAUGUCGAAAGUAUUGAAUGCUUAUAUUGAUGGUCAAAAAUGGCACAGACCAGCAAUGAUCUCGCCCGAGAUUCGUAAUUGGAUUCGAGCGCUCGAGCCCAUUCAUCGAUGUCGAAAGAUCAUAUUUGAGUCGAUUCUCGUUCACAAUCAUUUGAUGAGUCGUGGACAGAUGAAUCUCUUGGGAGAACCUCGUUUCGUGACCAAUGCCGUCGUUCAACACGGACUUGUUCGUCACGUAUUCAAACGUCUAAACAAUCCCACUUCGGAAAGUCACUGUCGAGAUUUGGUUCAAGCGAUCGUCAGUCUGGAAUUCGAUAAAAAAGCCCAGUCGACAGAGGCUGCAAUUGCGCCGAUGGCCAUGGCUACAACCACUACUAGUAGCAGCUCCGAUCAUCAGUAUAUAAUUCAAAUGAAAGAAAAUAUUUUGAGGAAAGUUCUCGAUCAAAGCGAUAUGCACAGAAUCAAGUCUUGUGCCAAAGCUAUUGCACAGGCUUCACUCAAUUUACGUCAAGAUCCGAUGGGUAUCGGCUACAUUCCGGACACAGCUCUUAGUACGGACAAACAUAUCUUCAGCAUUGUUGGUCCACAUCGAGGCGAGAACUAUGGCGAGAUCGUUCUUGUCUUCAAACAAGAACUGAUGUUUCAUCCUGAUGCCAAUUUUUCCAUCCAAGCCGGUACUUCGUUUCAUAGCGGUAAUGCGUAUCAAUGGCGUCCGUGGCUUCAAGAUCCUGGUCAAAAAGAUGAUCGUGUAAAAAACUUUCAUGCAUCAAAACUGCAUUGUUCAAUUCCUGGUUAUGAAACAGCCGCAGCUCUUCAAGUCAUGGCAUUGACAGGCCAAGAUAAGAAAACGAUCGAUGUGGAUCUCAAAGCGAUUAUAAAGUGGUGGUCCAUAGCCGAAUCUCAUACGGUCUUCGAGGGUCACCUGCCCCAACUGGUUCCACUCGAUUAUAUUGAUCAUGUUUACAUGCCUCAAACUGUCUUUGAUUCUCUGACACCGGAAGCUCAACAAUCAGCAAAAACUAUUUUUCGUCGUGCAUUAACCAUUUCGAACAAAACAGGAAAAGCAUACGAAUCGUUCGUGUACGCUGAAUUGAUCAAACGAAUCGAACACAAUAUCAGCAAACCUCCACUUUCACGAGGCAUGAUGAUCACGUUAGCAUCCUCUUCAUUCUACGAGCAUAUUCCUCUACCCAUGACGAUCACACAAUCGUACAAUCUUUUCAAUCAUAACAAAUCAGGAACGCGAGCUUCUCAUCAACCAGAAGUGACUCUGAUCUAUUGGCAAGCCAUGCAUGGCGACAUGAUGGUAACUAUCUCCAAUGAACCGAUCGAUUGCACGCAAGAGCAACCGAACCUUCGUUGCCUGAUAUGCUAUGUAGCCGAAGCACCAUUGAUGACUUCGCGCGAUUAUCAUGAAUCCUAUUCUUAUCUGAGUAAUGAUCAUCCGCUCAAACAUUCCGUUAUUUCGCGGGAAUCCAAAUUUAAGGACGGUUCGUGUCGCUUCUAUCGUGGCUGUAAUACGGAUGAUUAUCUUACAUUUUGUUUAAAAAUCGAAUAUCUUCAAGGUCGAGUCUCUUUGUCUCAUGCUGGUUCGAACAGUAUCUAUAACCAUGAAGUCAUCACGGCAAAAUUUCAGAAGGGUGAAUUCGAUCUUUCCAAACUGGACUUUGUUCAUGUCAGUGCUGGUAAUGGAACGAUACCUGUUAAGAAUAUGGUCAUUCGACAUGAACCCAACGCCGACCUGCAUCCAUCCUUUGAUACCAAGUUCAAGAAAGAUGGUACAGCUGUUCCUCCUACUUCAACCGACCCUUCUUCAGAUAGUAAAGCAACCAGUGCCACAUCCGAAAAAAAGAAAGAAGGAAUCAUAUCAAAAAUCGUCAAUGCCGUCUGUGCUCCUUUCUCCUCGCCUUCACUGUCACCUUGUGGCUAUUCUGUUAAUUGUGUUGAACGUGAAUUGCCCGAGCACACCACUAAAUAUUCUCAUCCAUGUCGUUAUUCCGAACUCUGUCAAAAUAUGCAAAAUGAACCGCAUCUCACUCAUGCACCGCACAAAGUACUCAAAUGUCAAUACGAUAGAUCAUGCCGUGAACUCGAAAAUCCAGUUCAUCGUGCCUCAUAUCGCCAUUCGAAUAUGCCCGAUUUCUUCAUUCCUUGUCGCUAUCAUCAAAAUUGUAAGGACAAAUCAUCGAAACAUCGACAAUUAUAUUCCCAUGGCGAACAAGUGCCCAUACCAGGCGAUGCGUCUUCAGGAAAAUCUUCCGAACAACCAUCGGCAUCGAAACAAAAGCAAAAUUAUCAACACGAUUCAAAGUCGAUGAUACCUUGUAGACAUGGUCGACAAUGUCGUGAAAAGAAUGAUCAACAUCAUGCAUCACAAUACUCACAUCCUAGUUCUUGA